UCUGACCAAGCAACCCUAUGGCAAGUCGGCGCGGCGUUAAUGUUAUCGGCGCAAAUGUCGGCGCGCCUUUCUGACACAACCUUUUUUACUUGCUUAUUAAGCUUCCUCCUUAGCUUGCUGUACAUUUUUUUGUCUCGUCUUUGUUCCUUUACUUUUUGGUCCAUCGAUCUCAAUUUACUAUUAUUUUUGCUUAUUUACACAAGUAAUUCAUGCAAAUUUCAGACUUUGAUAAAUAGAGAAAGUUUGUUUAUUAAUCUGCAAAUAUCACAUCGAACCAAGAAUAUAUUCGAGGUUAUAACCUGGACUUCAACAUUUGAACGUAGCCUGAAAUCUGACCCCUUUCCCAAUUUUAGUUUAGCUGCUUCAAAAAUUAGAAGCAACUUUUUGAAAGAUAUUUAGCCAGACAGGUUUACUAUAUUGAUUGAAACCAACUUUAGAAAUUGUCCGUUUCUUGUGUAUUAUACAAAUUCAAUAAAGAUGGAAUGGGCUUUAAAUCCCCCUACUAAUAUACAGUCAGUAAUCAACUUUCUUGGAUCUAAUGGUUAUUACCGAACAUUGGGUGUUUUUAUGGAGGAGAUUAAUAAGGCUAAUCCAGUCCAACAACCGCCAGAACCUCCUAUAUUGCCUAGGUUUGCUUUUUAAGACGCCUCAUAUUAGUCGUAGUCAAACAUGCGAUUACUGAAUAGUGGAAGGAAGAAUGGGUCGGUUGGUAUUUAAAAUGCUUACUGGGCAAGGGCUUAAGAUCUAUUAAAAGUAGACUUAUAAUAUGUUAAAUACCGGAUAAACAUGUUGAAUAAACUGAGCUUAUUACAAGAGUAAUAGUACAAUAUAAGUGAAAAUAGCGCCGCGGUACCUAUGUAUAUAGAGCAUCUAUACGCGGUGAGCGUAAGCGCUUAGCAAUAAGCCAGCGAUAGACUACAUUCUUACCCGGUUCGGUGAACGCUUUAAGGUGCAAGAUUCUGAAAAGCAAACCUAACCCAUAUAAGACAGCAAUUGCCAACCCAACCGUAUGUGAGUUCAGUACUACAACCACAAGAUCCUGAAAAACGGAAAUUAAUUCUACAACAACUUGUGCUUCUUUUGCAUGCUCAUAAAUGUCAACAAAUAGAAAAGUCGAACCCGCAUCACCAUUGUGAACUUCCUUAUUGUAGUGUAAUGAAAGGAGUUUUGGUUCACAUGGUUAAAUGUACAUUUGGACGUCAAUGUCAAUUUGCUCAUUGUGCUUCUUCACGCCAAAUAAUUUCUCAUUGGAAAAAUUGUACUAAAGAAGAUUGUCCUGUGUGUAAUCCUGUUAAAAAAUAUACACAUCAAGGUGGUUUUACUGCACGAGAGCAAGGUCAAUCACAGAUGGUUCAACAGCCUAUUCAACAGCCUAUUGACAACAAUUUACCUAAAGAGGAUCAACCAAGUCAAAUGAUAGCAACGGAGCGUGUUCGUCCAUUUUUUGAAAGAUUUAAAAAAGCAAAAUCACAGGAAGACAAGGAGGCAAUAUUUAAGGAUUUAAGAGAAACUCCACAUCUUUUUAAUGCUUUUUUAAAGAUGUCGAAAGGCAAAAGAUUAGAAGAAAUGAUUCAGGCGCGACUUAACCUAGUUUAA